AUGUUCUCCUUUUCAACAACAGCGGCCCUCCACCACGUAACCCCUCUCCCAAGCGCCACAACCAUCCAGACUGCACUCACGAUUCUGCACAAUCAUGACCUUCUGAUCCGCCUGGACCCCGAGCUCUCCCACUACGAGACUCUGCCGCCCCUCCCCUCAGCUCCAAACACGAAGCGCUACAAAAUAACGGACACCGUGCACGCGCUGCCCGCUGGACUAUGGGACUCGAGGGUCACGUUCGAGUCUGAGAUUACCGACAUGGACGACGGCGCGGAGUGGCUGAUCAAGGCGCCAUUGGGCUUGGUUCAGAAGACGACGUGGAGGAUCAUCAGGGCGGAGACGUUAGCGGAGGAGGAGAGAGGGCAGGGAGAGUGGUGUCUGGUGGAGGAUAUGGAGAUCAAGGGGAAUAGGAUGGUAGUGGGUUUUGUGAAGGCGAAGUGCGAAGAGGGGUGGAGAGGUGUGCAUGGCAGGUUUUUGGCGCAUCUGGAGAAGUCGUGA